CUUCCUUCCUUCCUUCCUUCUUCCUUCCUUCCCUCCUUCCCUCCCUCCCUCCCUCCCUCCCUCCCUUUUCCAGAUUCCAGUUCAACCACCUUUUAUAAAUACGUCCAUCUACAUUAGAUUAGCUUGAUGUUAAUUUUGCUUUCCGAAGGGUAUACAUUACAAUGGCUGAAGAAAAAACAUUUCGUUAUGGACUUAUUGUCCUGGGAUUCUUUCUGGUCAUGAUCGGCAUGUUCAUCAUGAGUGUGGAGAAACCACAAAUCUAUAUCACUUUCUGCACCCUGGGAGUCUUGUUCAUUGCUGUGGGCAUUAUCUGGAGCAUGUGCCAGUGCUACCCAAAGAUCAGAGUUGUUUCCAUUGACUCGGAGUCUGAGAAGUUUCUUGUAAAGAACCCAGAAUCUGAAAAGUUCUUUGUAAAGAAGUUGGCUGCCUCAUCAUCUAUUGAAAAUACGAUUCCUGAGAAAAAAAGUUUGCAAACCCAAUACACAAGCCAGGAAGAAGCUGACAUAUAUGAGAAAAGCCUGCCCACUUAUGAACAAAUCCAGACAAACAGUUCUGCAGAAUACUUGGGAACUUUGCCCAUCCCAGUGCCACUAGUCAGGACAGGAAGACAUCCUCAUCUACAUGCCAAGGCAGAUGUCCACAGGGACUCAGAGAGUAAUGAGAGCCUUAACAGAAAUGCAACAACUGGACUGAACUGUCCAUCUAAGAGGUUUCCAAAGGCUGCACCAUUAGCAUCUCUUCAAGAGGAAGUGGACACUUCUUCACUGGACUCCACUUCCAACAGCCCAUUUUUACAGAGAUGGAAAGAUGUCCCAAAUUCUGUGUCUCUAACGGGAUGGAAAGAUGUCCCAAAUUCUGUGUCUCUAAGGGGAAGCCAGCUCCAAUUCAAGCUUCCUUCUUAUGAAGAUUUUGCCUUGAUUGAUUCCCUGGCAGUGGAAGGUCAGGGGCAGAGCAACGAAAACACCACGACCCCAAGUCAGAGCCAUUGCUCUGUUCCUCCUACACCAGGUGAUGGCAUUGUGGGAAUAGCAAAUUGUGAUCCUCUGGACUGCAGCAGAGCCUUGCAGGAGGCAGAAGAGGAUGAUUUAUAUUAUGGGAUCCAGGAAAGUCCAAGAGACAGCUUUCCUUCUGUUGUUGUUGCUGAACCAAAGCCAUAAGCUCCCCCCCCAAGAUGGGAAAGUUCAGACAUUUCAACAUGUUUACAUUUCAAAUUCAGAGAGCAUGAAGGGGGAUGGAAAAGAGAUAAUUCAAUCAAAUCCACGGCGUUGAGGGUUAUUUUUUGCUGUGGGAUGGAAAAGAAAAAGAUGUGGAAAUUUUUAAAAAAGAGAGAGUAAGAAAUAGUAAAAA